AUGGAUCAAAUCAAGGUUCCCAAGGAGCAGGAACAGAAGGAUACCCGACCUCUCAACGUCGAAGAAUAUCAAAAGAAAUGGGAUCAAAUGCUGGAAGAUACAGCAAAGCAGAUUGAAAAGAUCCGAGAAAAUGAACAAGCGAGAAAGUCAAAUCAAGCCGCGCAGCGAUGA